AUGACUGGAUGCUGUCCUAGUGAGUUUCUAUCUGUCCAUCUGCUCUCUCUGCUGCUGAUGCACAUCAAAGAAAAUCCUGAGAUUGCUCCGGAGACGGCUUUGCAUGUGACAACAUUCACUGUGAUGCUCCUCAGGCUUCCCGAUAGGCAUGUAUUCUCUCUUCUGGUCUUGAUUUGCAACUAUAUGCAGCCAACACUCUGCACCCCCAAGUCUCUGAUCCAUGUCCCUGCAUUUCCUGCAUUGCUAGGCAUGGAACAGCUUAACGGCAGCCCUUAUUUUGGAUCCACUCGUGUAGUCGGCCGUGGAGAGCUACGAAUACAUGUCAUGCCGCUUCAGCACUUUCUCAGCAUUCUGGUCAUGAAUCAGGAUUAUCCCAAUACGUUGAAAUCAGGGUUAUUUCCCACCCAAAAUAUCUUUGGUGUAGAAGCAUCCCUCCCAACACUAUACGGCAGCCAUGUUUCCACUAUCGGGUUGGCAAAUAAUUGUGCUUGGCAAUUGCAUAUCGGUGUUCUUCUUCCAGUUCUUCUGAAAGGCCGGUCCUCGAUUCACCAUGCAGGUCGCCCAUGCUCUGUGGUAACACUCUGGACAUCAUCUUUCAAGGUCGGCUAUGCUCCUACAUGCUCAGAAGCAUUCUUUGUUUGCCAAAUGCAGAAGAAGAAUCACGUUUUUGGAGAGCAUAGUCGACUCAUUUCCUCUGUCACAUUUAUAGGAGAACUAAUGGCUAGAAGAAUCCAUAAUGUGUCGACCACUUACAUCAAGGGUACAAUGUGA